CCAAUUAAUUUAAAAUGUCAAUUGCUUUUGCUCCCCUAUAUAUGUAAAAGCAAUGGUACAUUCAUAAGGUGGUCUCAUUUUGGUUUUUCAAUGUUUUUUUGGAAGGUUUCUCAGUACUUUGGCAAAAAAAGAGCAUAAUUUUUUUGUGCUUUUUACUCACAAUUAUUUAAGUAUUAAAAACUUUAUGGUACAUUCAUAUUCAUAUACUAGUAUAAGGCAAUUUCAGAUAUCUCCCAAUUCUUUCCUAUUUUAAUUUGAAAUAGUAAUCGAUAAGUAUCAAAGAAAUAGUGGUGGGGCAGAUUGGGUAAUUGGUUUGAGCUGUCUUGUCCAAUCCAAAACCCUAAAUUCAAAAUCUUCCAGAACUUUGCACUUGUCUUUGGCUUCUAGUUGUGUACAAUUCUCAAAACCCCCAGAGUUUUGCUACAGAAUUCGGCGCUCUUACUCUCCCACGUCAUGACUGCAGAAGCCGUGAACCCGAAAGCAUAUCCGUUGGCAGAUGCCCAGCUGAUCACUACUAUACUUGAUUUGGUUCAACAAGCCGCCAACUACAAACAACUCAAAAAGGGCGCUAAUGAAGCUACUAAGACGUUGAACCGUGGGAUUUCUGAAUUUGUUGUGAUGGCGGCUGAUACAGAGCCUCUUGAAAUCCUCCUUCACCUUCCGCUUCUUGCUGAAGAUAAGAAUGUGCCCUAUGUUUUUGUUCCAUCCAAGCAAGCUCUUGGCCGAGCAUGUGGAGUGACCAGACCAGUCAUUGCUUGUUCUGUUACCAGCAACGAGGGAAGCCAAUUGAAAUCUCAAAUACAGCAGUUGAAGGAUGCUAUCGAGAAGCUUCUGAUCUGAUUAUGCUAAAUAGCCUCUUCCAGCAUGAUGGGCCUUCAGAUCAUCCCUGAGGCUUUGACUGAACUAGUUUCCUCAUACAAUGAUCGGCUCACUCUCCGUACUUUUCUUUCUUUCCUUUUAUUGUUCUCCAUAGAGAUUGUGAUUUUGACACUCAAUAGACACUGAGACUUGGAAGUAUAUUACCUGUUUCAAGACUGUAAGACUUGGAGCUCCCUUGUUCUGGGGGGUGCUUUAUUCAUAUCAUAUGAGAUGCCUUUUGUAGAAA